ACCUGACAACACUGAAAUCAUAAAUUCUGCUUCUUUAAUUCAGAUUACGCUAAAAACUUUAUUUUCCCGGCUUGUAUAUCUAAUGCGCAUGCGCGUUCUGACAGGUUUGAUUGCGUUGAUUGACAGGUGAUGUCAGUAUCUAAAAGGGGAUUGGCUCUUUUACCUGUAAGGCGGGACUUCAUUUCUACAUCCGUUGACAUGGGUGUUCCAAUCUCGCCCAUACAUUUUAAUAGAAGUGGCCCGUUUCUGCUAAAUAAUCUCUGGCUCCACCCACACAGGUGAACGUCUCAGGUGAGAGAGAGACUUCAUUCGCUGUAAUCUCAGCGAUAGAGAGAGAUGGCGGAGUCGCAGCUCGUGUGUCUGGAAGACGGACUCCUGCCCCCCGCGACCCCUGAAUCAAGCCCGCGGUUUUACUACAGUGAGCAGCAGCGGGCGGCGCUCGAGGCGCUGCUGACAGAAGGAGACGGAGCGUUUAAAACUCUCCUUCUGAAAGAAAAGAGCAAAGACUUCCUCUCCGCGCGAGAGGUAAAGACCAUUGGAAGUACUUUCGUCAAAUAUAACCCGGAGAAUGAUGAAGGAACAUCACAGAAUGAAGCAAAACGCGAUGAAACCGGCUCGCUUCGCUCCACGUACUGGCCGCAGAAGUCUGACACAGAUGUUCCCGCGCUGGACAUCGGCUGGCCCUCAUCCGGGCUCUUUAAAGGAGUGACCCGCGCGACCGUGUACACUCACCCGCCAAAACUCAACAGCCCACACAUCAAAGAAGUUGUACGCAAAUUAAUCCAAGAAUCCUGCAAGGUUGUUGCCAUAGUGAUGGACCUCUUGACUGACCUGCAGAUUCUGCGGGAUCUGUUUGACGCGUCCAGUCGCAACGUGCCCGUUUACAUCGUGCUGGAUGUGCAGGGAGUGCCACAUUUCCUGGACAUGUGCAACAGACUGCAGGUGACCGCUAAAGACCUGCAGAACGUCAGAACUCGAACUGUAAAGGGCGUUGGGUUGAAUCUGUCCUUUGGUAGAAUUCCAGGAAACCUUUACAGCAAAUACAUGUUUAUAGAUGGAGAUAAAGUCAUGUUCGGAACGUACAGUUUUUCCUGGAGUUCCUCUCGUAUGGACCGAAACAUGAUCACGGUGAUGUCGGGGCAGGUGGUGGAUUUCUACGAUAACGAUUUCCGAGAACUUUAUGCCAUCUCAGACAAACUCGACCUGUUUAAAGAGUUUAACCUCAGUACGCCCCAGAUGGGCACUCUGUCGCGGGCAGCUGUGCCCAAGCGCCCGCCAACGGCCACAUCACGCUUCCAGGUGAAUCUCGGAGACACGUCACGUGGAGAUCUUAAAGUGCCAGCGCACAAAUAUCACAACCCAAAAUACCUGUUAGCACUCGGACAGAUACCGGGAUCCACCACACCGCUGCAGGAUUUCCUUAAUACAAUGCAACCCCCCGAAUCGUGUCAACUAACGCCAGAGGAGUCCGCUGAAGGACCAGAAAACCCCACGCCAGUCCCCUCACAGACCGGGAAGAAAGAGUCAAAGAAAGUGAAGUCACAGACAAGUAAGAAAAAGCGAUCGUUCAGCAUUUUCAGAAAGAAACAAGAGAAGCAAAGUGAAGCGGUUAUUGAAGAUCAGAUGCCAAAUGCAACAGACGACGCGGACAAACGCAUGCUAACUGCAGCCGAACAGCCGGACGAGAAAUCUGAAGUGACUGACAUGGUCAAACCAAAGAAAAGCUCUUGGAAGAGCAUAUUUAGAAAAUCAACGUGAGAAUGUUAUGGAGGAUUCUGUCAUUGGAAUAUUUUAAAUGAGCCGUUUUUAGUGCCUCAUUUUAUUCUUAAUGAGUUUUAAAUGUUUACAUCUUUGUAAUAGUUGAGUUUAAAGAAUGGCCCUAAAAUCACUUUAUUGUCUUUUACAGUUGUGUACAUAUUUUGUAUUGUCAAUGAAAGAAUUCCGAGACCUGUUUAACACUUUUGGGUUUGAUUUGUGUAUUUGUGCGUCAGGCUUUGCUAUAUUUGUGGGGGCCUAACCCCUUAUAUCUACAGUGUGCCCCACUGAUUGUUAGAUGGCGAAAUGAUCAAUGGGGCCCCAAAUACUUUGGUCUGAUGAAGAGUCAAGCACUUACCCACCCUAAAGAUCACAUCCUAAUACCAGCUGUGCCAAAUAUCCACCACCUGACAAUGAACACGGCUUAACAAAAGGAUUAAAUAAUGUCCAAAUUAAAAUCUGAAAUUCUUAAUGUUUCUGUAAGAUCUUUAGGGUUAUGGUAAAGAAAAUGUAUGAAUGUGACUAAUUAUUGUCGUUAUUCUCUUCUGAAAAUGCAGAGUUUUUUAUUUAGUUUAGUCUGUAGUAAUUAAAGUGAGCAUAAAUAUGUUUAACUUCCAUCACUCCCUUCUUAAAACUCCGCCCUUUAAACCUAAAGUAUGACAUUUUUUCAGUGUUAAAAUAUUUUCUCCUAUUCCAGCUUAAUAUGUAGACACAACUAUAAGUAAGCCAUUUAUAGGUUCAUUUCCUCUAAAACUAGGCCUGUUGCGAUGAUUAAAUAACCAUCUGUUUUGUGGAUGAAUCUACAUAGGCGUACAUGGACUGUUUGUGUUUAGAGGGAUGGACUCCGGUUGGCGCUGUCGUGCACGGGGUUAAUGCACACGUUUUUUGUUUUUUGGGGGGUUUGAUUGUUGCACUAAUGUUGUAAUGUGAUCUUUAUAAUUUCAUUUUUGACACACAAUCUAAUUUCUCUAAAAUGUCAGAUGUUAAUAUGAGUGUCUCUCUCCACGUGGAAUGUGAAUGGGUGGGGCACCCCAUUAAAAGAAGGAAGGUUAUUUAUCUUAAAUGUAAGAAAUGUGAUAUUGUGUUUCUUCAAGAAAUUGCAUCUUUCCUCACAGGAAGCUGAAAAAUUUGGGAAGAUAUGGGGUGGACAUGUGUUCUUUAGUGCUGGCUCGAGUAAGAGCAGGGGAGUCAUUACACUGAUAAAUAAACAUCUACAAUU